UGCUGCCGUCACGUGCUUUCACUUCCGGCUACACACUACAGCUGGGAUUUGUCACCGGUGUCGAACCCUCUGCAUAAAUAUUCCUUUUAAUUUUACUGAACGACAGUUUUAACCGCCACUCAGGCGAUUUGAGAUCUCGCCAUGCCCAUAUUCCCGGAGCUGUAUUUUAAUGUGGAUAAUGGUUAUUUGGAAGGUCUUGUAAGAGGUUUCAAAGCAGGCAUCUUGUCGCAGGGCGACUAUCUCAAUCUAGUGCAAUGUGAAACGCUGGACGACCUGAAGCUUCACCUGCAGAGUACAGACUAUGGGAGCUUUUUGGCCAAUGAGGCCUCACCCCUUAUGGUCUCUGUCAUUGACGACAAGCUGAAGGAGAAGAUGGUUGUGGAGUUUCGUCACAUGCGGAACCAGUCCUAUGAACCGCUUGCUAGUUUCAUGGACUUCAUCACAUACAGCUACAUGAUUGACAAUGUCAUUCUCCUGAUCACGGGCACCCUACAUCAGCGUGCCAUAUCUGAGCUGGUGCCCAAGUGCCACCCCCUGGGAAGUUUCGAGCAGAUGGAGGCCGUCAACAUCGCCCAGACCCCAGCAGAGCUGUACAAUGCCAUUCUGGUCGACACCCCCCUCGCCGCAUUCUUUCAGGACUGCAUAUCAGAGCAGGACUUGGAUGAAAUGAACAUUGAGAUUAUAAGGAACACGCUUUACAAGGCUUAUCUGGAAGCUUUCUACAAGUUCUGCUCAUCCUUGGGUGGAACCACAGCCGAUAUGAUGUGCCCUAUUCUUGAAUUUGAGGCUGACAGGAGAGCCUUCAUCAUCACCAUCAACUCCUUUGGAACGGAGCUGUCCAAGGAGGACCGGGCCAAGCUGUUCCCCCACUGCGGCAAGCUGUACCCCGAGGGCCUGGCCCAGCUGUCCCGGGCGGAUGACUACGAGCAGGUCAAAGCUGUGGCCGACUACUACCCCGAAUAUAAACUCCUAUUUGAGGGUGCUGGCAGCAAUCCAGGAGAUAAAACACUUGAAGACCGAUUCUUUGAACACGAGGUGAAGCUCAACAAGCUGGCUUUCCUGAACCAGUUUCACUUCAGCGUGUUCUACGCCUACGUCAAGCUGAAGGAGCAGGAGGGCCGGAACAUCGUGUGGAUCGCGGAGUGCAUCGCCCAAAGACACCGCGCCAAGAUCGACAACUACAUCCCCAUCUUCUGAGCUUCUGAAGAGAGCUUUACAAGAGAGAAUUCUUUGUCUUUGGUUGUAAUCGGGGGUUGGGGGGUAGUUGUCUAAUGUCCUGUCAUGUACGAGUGUCUGCUAAGAUUGUUACCCCAGCUGAACCUUGCCUGUAGGUGUGUAAAUCUCACAAGCUUGACAUGUCAUUGGUUUGUGACCAACAGUUCUAGAAAAUCUAAAUCCAAAAAGAUGGUCUGCGUGUGUCUCGUGCUGUGUCAUCACGAAGCAUAGCCGAAUCAGUUUGUCUCAACUCACACAGUCAUGCCUGUUCCACUAAUGAAACUGUAGACAUCUCGCUCACUUAAAACUUUUCACAGCACACUGACGGUAUGCUGCAGUUAGCCUAAUUGGACUUUCAGUUCACAGUUAUCUGUCUAAUAAAUAUUCUUGUAGCUUUGAAUGCUUGGAAGACUUUCAACAAAAUUAAGCUGGGUCUCCAUUUUGGGUGGUUAGUUUUUAAUAAGUUACAAAGGCAUUGCAAGCUUUGUCCAUUUCUGUUGAAAAACUGCAACACAUUCCAUAUUUCAUCAGGACAUUAAGUCCAAGCUAUGACUUAUUAUAGUGUUAUGUACGGCAGGGUCAGCAUGUUGUGUGUUAAUUGAAGCCAGAAGGAACUGGUAAAUGUUGCACUUUUAAAUGUCUAGAAACUACUGCAAAUUCAAAAAGCGCCAUGCUGAUUUUCAUUUCCACAAAAGGACUUCAUUGUAUUUCUGUUUUUUACUAUUUUCUCAUAAAACCAUGUUUCACAAGUUUUUUGACAGGGCAGCAGUUUUUGAGGUUCAGGGAGUGCAAAUGUUUAACACUUGCCCUGAACAGAAGUGUAGAUCAGUUAACUUGCUGUAAUAGCAGAAACCUGUAUUAUGUUGAUCUGUGGAAUCAUCUCUCGAUUCAUAAUGGUAUAAUGUGCUUCCCCAUUGUGGACUUGCCUGGAGAAUUGGUAACAGAAAGAUAAUUUUUGAAGUUUACGUAUAGCAUAUUUAUUAUCUGGAAAAUUUCAAAUAUAUAUAUAUAUAAAGUUAAAUGAUAUUCUUUUCCAGGCCUUUGCUUGUGGUGUAUAUAUUCACAUACUAAAUUGAGAUGUGAUGUAACUUUAUUUUGAUUUAUUGUGAAAUUAAUCUCCUAAAUGUAAUAAAAAUAAUUUAUUAUUCUACA